ACAAAUCUAGCGUUAUGAGCAGACUUCACCUCGUCUCUAAAAUUGAGGGUCGGGUUUCCAACGUGCAUUUGAGCAGACUUUACUAUUAAUAUUAUUGUAUUUGAUUCAUUCAUUCGAAGCCCACCAUAAAAAACAUGGACCUUCCUGAGCUCGACUUGCAAGGAGCACCUAUCCGCACUCCGGAUUGUUGUCUAAGCCUUUCGUACAAAUUAUUCCGGAACCUAAUCAACGCAAUCCCCAACACCACGCCUCUGUUAGACCAUGCCAAAAGAGAAACGCCAACUGUGCUUUCGAUCGGAAGCGGAUCCGGUCUACUGGAAGCUCUUUUCCUUGCUUAUAUAAACUCGCAACGCCAACGCAGUAGCUCUGAUCAUGCUAUGGUUAACAUUGAAGGAGUUGAAGUUCAGCAAUUUGGUAUGAGAGACCAUGUCAACAGCUAUCUUCCCGAACAAGCCAUACACACUGUUCGUGGUAGUUGGGAUGUCACUUCGAGGCUGCAGGAUUCAGAUGUGACAGCUCUGAUGUUCGUUUAUCCACGCCAACCUGCUUUAAUCUCGCAAUAUAUGAAAGUCAUCGCUGAGCAGGGUCUAAAAGUCGAAGCCAUUGUGUGGCUGGGGCCUAUGGUCGACUGGGAGGUAUUUGAGCCUUGUUUCAACACUGGACAUGAAAGCUGUCAAUUUGUGGUUGUUGGGACGAAGCAUGGUCGCGAAGUUGGACUUGAUGAGUAUGAAUCGAUGGCAGUGGCGAGGAGAACAGACUGCAGUUCUAAUGAAAGACGCUUAUAAAGCCGUUUGAUGAGGUUCCUUAGCUAGCAGAGUUUUUCGGCAAAAGUUGAAAUGAUAGCUGGUAUUCGUCAACAUAGACGAAUGGAAGAGAGUGGAAGAGGCGUUAUAAUAAACUCUAGAGCCCUUUUAGUAUACUGUAUCGAUGAAUUGGAAAUAUCCAUAUCUCGAUAUGAAGAAGUACAGUGGCUUCGUUAAU